AUGCCUUUUAAUCGAGGUUCUAUCGCCACAAAAGCUGCUCGCAACACUUGUGCUGUGUUUGGAAAUGGUGCCAUAGCUGAUAGAAUCACUCGUGAUUGGAUACCGUUGUCACAAAAACGUCAAGGUAAUAUUUUGGGCACUAUAUGGAUGUAUAAUUGUUCAUGGAUUGAUAUUUAUCACAUUCGAGUAUGGGGCGUGGCAAAGAGAACACCUUGUGGCGACUAUAAAGUGCAACAACUGUCGCUUCUGAUCUCGAAGGAAGCAGAAGAGAGUUGA